ACGGCCCGUGUCGCUCCCGGGCGGGGCGGUGAGCCCAGCACCAGCGCGAGCGCCGGACCCCGGCGUGCUGCCCCCGUCGCCGCCCGCCAUGGCCCGCGCCGCUCGCUUCCUCGCCGCGCUGGCCGCGCUCCUCGCCGCCGCCGCUGCAGGCGGAGACGCCGGGCCUAGUAAAAUCGCCGUGGUUGGCGCUGGAAUCGGGGGCUCUGCCGUGACGCAUUUUCUUCAGCAGCAUUUCGGCCCCCGGGUGCAGAUCGACGUGUUUGAGAAGGGGACGGUGGGUGGCCGCUUGGCCACCAUCUCGGUCAACAAGCAGCACUAUGAGAGCGGGGCCGCCUCCUUCCACUCCCUGAGCCUGCACAUGCAGGACUUCGUCAAGCACCUGGGGCUGAAACACCGGCGAGAGGUGGUGGGCAGGAGCGCCAUCUUCGGCGGGGAGAACUUUGUGCUGGAGGAGACGGACUGGUACCUGCUGAACCUCUUCCGCCUCUGGUGGCACUACGGCAUCAGCUUCCUGCGGCUGCAGAUGUGGGUGGAGGAGGUCAUGGAGAAGUUCAUGAGGAUCUAUAAGUACCAGGCCCACGGUUACGCCUUCUCGGGCGUGGAGGAGCUGCUCUACUCGCUGGGGGAGUCCAGCUUCAUCAACAUGACCCAGCGCUCUGUGGCGGAGUCCCUGCUCCAGGUGGGCGUCACUCAGCGCUUUAUCGACGACAUCGUCUCUGCCGUCCUGCGGGCCAGCUACGGCCAGUCAGCAGCGAUGCCCGCCUUUGCUGGAGCCAUGGCACUAGCGGGGGCCCAAGGCAUCCUGUGGUCCGUGGAGGGAGGCAACAAGCUGGUUUGUUCCGGUCUGCUGAAGCUCACCAAGGCCAACGUGAUCCAUGCCACAGUGACCUCUGUGACCCUGCAGCAUACAGAAGGGAAACCUUUGUACCUGGUCGAGUAUGAGAACGAGGCGGGCACUAGCUUCGACUUCUACGACAUCGUGGUCAUCGCCACCCCCCUGCACCUGGACAACAGCAGCACCAUCGCCUUUGAAGGCUUCGACCCGCCCGUUGACGUCAUCCAGGACUCUUUCCAGCCCACCGUUGUCUCCUUGGUCCACGGCUACCUCAACUCCUCCUACUUCGGGUUCCCUGACCCUAAGCUUUUCCCCUUUGCCAGCAUCCUCACCACAGAUUUCCCCACUUUCUUCUGUGCCCUGGACAACAUCUGUCCCGUCAACAUCUCGACCAACUUCCGGCGGAAGCAGCCUCAGGAGGCAGCCGUUUGGCGAGUCCAGUCCCCCAAGCCUCUCCUCCGGUCCCAGCUAAAGACCCUCUUCCGCUCCUAUUAUUCAGUGCAGACAGCCGAGUGGCAGGCCCACCCCAUCCACGGCUCCCGCACCACUCUCCCUCGGUUCGCACUCCACGACCAGCUCUUCCACCUCAGUGCCCUGGAGUGGGCAGCCAGCUCCGUGGAGGUCAUGGCUGUAGCUGCCAAGAACGUGGCCCUGCUCGCUUACAAUCGCUGGUACCAGGACCUAGACAAAAUUGACCAAAAGGACCUGAUGCACAAGGUGAAGACUGAACUCUGAGGGCUCCAGGCGAGCCUGGGAAUGUCCAUCCCCGCUGAAGAUGGACCACCCCCCACAGCAGCCAAGGCUGCGCAAGCCACACUCGCCUGCCCAGCCUCCUUCUGACCCCUCCCAUGUCGAGUGAAAUCUCUCCAGUGGGUCCAGGCGACCUGCUCUCUGCCUCUCUGUCUUAAGGAUUCUCAGAGUGAUUGUUCCUUUUUUUUUUUUUAAUAUAUUGAUUUUUUUACAGAAAAGGAGAGGGAUAGAGAGUUAGAAACAUCAAUGAGAGAGAAACAUCGAUUCAGCUGCCUCCUGCACACUCCCCACUGGGGAUGUGCCCGCAACCAAGGUACAUGCCCUUGACCGGAACCGAAUCUGGGACCCUUCGGUCCGCAGGCCGACGCUCCAUCCACUGAGCCAAACCGGCCAGGGUGGUUGUUCCUUUUUAAGAGAGAGAGUAAGAGAAGGGAAGGAAAUUCAGACCAGUGUAUUCAUUUUAUUUAUUUUUUUAAAUGAAGAAAUAAAAGUCCAUCUUCUCCAGGUACUUCUGACUGGCUUUUCUAAGUAGGAGACAGAGAUAAUGAUGGGAAUGAAUAGAAGACAGAACUCUGAAUCCAGUUUCUUUGUUGUUUUUCACUGCCUACUCCCAAAAUGUACCUGUGGCAACACCAACAAUGACACAAGUAACCAGAUGGUCACAAAUCAAGAAGAAGGGAAGAUCAGGAAACAGAAGACAUGAUAAUAGCUCUUAUUUACGGAGGGCUUGUUGGAUGUGAGGUGCCUGGUUAAGAACUUAUUGCCCUGGCCAGGAAGCUCAGUUGGUUAGAGCAUCAUCCCGAUAUUCCAGGGUCGUGGGUUUGAUCCUGGUCAGGGCACAUAUAAGAAUCAACCAAUGAGCGCAUAAAUAAGUGGAACAGCAAAUCGAUGUUUCCCUCUCUCUCCUUCCUCCCUCUCUCUUAAAUCAAUUUUUUAAAAAAAUAACUUACUAGACAUCAUCCAAGCCUCUCAGCAAUACCAUUUGUUGGAGAGAUGGCUGUGGUAGGACCCAGGGAAGAGAUGAUUACCCCCAAGGGACAGCCAGUGUAGCUCCAAGCUUCCUGGCAACCACUGGGAAAUGGGAAACAUACCAGGCCGUAGGAAGAGGAAAACUUCCUUGGCACCUGCAGGAAUUGACCCGUCUGUCCAUUAUGCAGGGAUUGAGGAAUGUAACAAUGACCUGUCUUGCAUGGAGACAAGUCCCUAGACCGGCAUAAGGCAGUCAUACCUGACCCCCAAGCACUGACCCCAGCAGAGUAAAGAAAGAAAAGGUGUUGGGGUGCAGUUCAGAGGUUAACAUGAUUAGUAUGCCCAAGUCCCACCCAGACCUGCUAAAUCUGGCUCUGGGGUUGGGCCCAGGAGGACACAACACUGCCAAGGGACACUCAUAAUGUGGCUAA